AUGGCCCCUUCGCUGGAAGACCCUGUCCUGCGCCAAUCCUUGGGCGAGCUUCCUUUGCCCAAGAAGGGCAUCACCACCGCCAUUGACGGUAACAACAAAUUCAAUUAUCAGCCCGGACGAACUGUCAUUGAAACCCACGACGACUAUCCUUACGAAGAUCUCAAACCAUCGUUUCCUGACAUCCAUUGGGACCCCAUCGAAGAGACCCCAUACGACGAUAGGGGUCUCUAUGGUGACGCCAAGUUCCGCAACCUCCUGCAAGAUGCAACCGAUAUCUUCGAUUACAACCCCAAGAUUGGCACCGAAAUCCACGGCGCCAACCUUGCCACUCUCACCGAUGCUCAGAAGGAUGACCUAGCCCGCUUGGUCGCUAUCCGUGGAGUAGUCAUCUUCAGGAACCAGGAGGACUUUGACAUUGAGGCGCAAAGAGAGUUCGGGAAAUAUUUUGGCAAGCUGCACAAGCAUGCUACAACAGCUGUUCCCAAGAAAGGUGGCUUGGAGGAUGUUCAUGUCGUUUACACCGGUGACAACGCCGCCGACCAACGCGCUGUGUUUACGCCUAGCUUCCUUUGGCAUUCAGAUGUAACCUAUGAAGUGCAACCACCAUCUUACACCCUCUUGAAACUUCUGACCGGUCCUCCUCGUGGGGGUGGCGGUGACACCCUCUGGACUUCUCAGUAUGCGGCAUACGACGCCCUCUCUUCUCACAUGCAGAACUAUCUCAAAGGCUUGACGGCCCUUCACUCUGCAGAUAUGCAGGCAUCCGACACGCGGGCUGCUGGCAGAACUGUCCGCCGAGAGCCGGUCACGACGGUACACCCUUUGAUCCGGACCAACCCCGUUACCGGAUGGAACAGUCUGUUCUUCAACCCUGGAUUCGUGACGAAAAUCAUAGGCGUUCCCAAGGUUGAGAGUGACGCUAUUCUCCGAUACCUCACCGAGGUGAUUGCCACUACACAGGAGACUCAUGCGCGGUUCCAAUGGGGCAAGAAUGACGUUGCAAUCUGGGACAACCGAACAACGGUAAGCAAUGAUUCUCAAUUCCAGACCGGGAAACGAGCGAUUCAAUAAUACUAACGUUUUCGACAGAACCACACUGCCUCCUACGGAU